AUGCCCACCGAGACGCUGCAGGCAGAUAGCAAGCCCUCCGGUCAGGGCGCCACCUUCUCUGCCGUACCGCUCCGUAUCCUCAACAAAGGGCCCGACUACUUCCGCCGACAGGCCGAACCCAAUCCCAAGCGGCUGAGUGCCGUGGAGAGGCUGGAGGCCGACAAGGCUAAGUACGUGAAGAGCCAAGAGGUGAUCAACGCCAAGCAGGAACCCGUCAAGCCUCAGGUGUUGGCAAAGCCACCGGUCUGCCCGGUGCCGGUCAAAAGGAGCGGGGGAGUGGGUAGUGGCCUGAAAGCCUCCAACAACAAUGCAAAAUCAGACACCUGUGCUACCACCACCAAACGGGAGAACCUGAACCUGGAGAUCUUGAAGAACAUCCUCAACAGCUCCUCGUCUUCGGAAGGCCCGGCCAAAGGCACGUCGCACAAGGUGGGCACGAGGAGCUGGGCCCCGCACUGCUCGUCCGAACCCUCAGAACCCGGCCGCCACUCCUUUGCUGAGUCGCUUAAGGUACCGCCCUCGGUUCAGGGCCGGCGCAGUCCGCAGGGGGGCAACCUUAACCUCAGUCGGAGGCUGCUGGAGGAAAGGUCUUGCGAGGGUGAAGGAGAGCGUUCGCCGCUUCACGCCUCCCAUAGUUCAUCAGACAUUCGACGACUGUGUAACGGCAAACCCCUGAGAGCCGCACGCAGCAGCAGCAGCUCCGCUCCUCCGCUGCCCCCCAAGCCAAGCCCAAAAGCUCUCGCCGCAUGUGACAAUGCACCCCGCUCCCCCGACAGAGAGGCGCUGCCCGGAACCGCCAAUGAGCUGGAGCUAGAGCUGGGGAGUUCCGUGGCCCGUAGGCCUUCCCUUCACCGCUCAAAGUCAGACCUAAGCGACCGCUACGCGCGAGCCGGCGCCGACGUGGAGCGUUUCUUUAACUACUGCGGGCUGGACCCAGAGGAGCUGGAAAGCGUUGGCAUGGAGAGCUUUGCACGUGCCAACUCCGACAUUGUCUCGCUCAACUUCCGUAGCGCAAGCAUGAUCAGCUCAGACUGUGAACAGUCACGGCACAGCAACGACGACCUUACGGAUGACGAUGAGGAUGCUGGUGAACGUGUGCCCUAUGGGAUAUCGGCCGUUGAGCGUAACGCCAGAGUCAUCAAGUGGCUAUACAGCAUCAAACAGGCGCGGGAGUCACAGAAAGUCUCUCAUGUUUAG